AUGUCUACUAUAACUGUACAUAUCAAAUCUGGCCAAAACAAGUGGGAUGUUUCAAUAGAUCCUAAUAAGUCCAUUUUGGAAUUAAAACAAGAAAUUGCAAAAAUUAGUGAUAUACCAAGUGCUAACCAACGUUUAAUAUAUUCAGGUAGGAUUUUGAAAAAUGACUCUACUAUUGCCGAAUAUAAGAUCCAAGAUGGUCAUUCUAUUCAUCUAGUGAAGUCUAUGGCUGCCAAAAAAACGGAAUCUACUAAUAGUACUGCUACUACUGCUAGCAAUACCCCUAGUGUCCCCAGCAAUAUUGCAACAGGACAACAAUCUGCUUUCAAUCCGCUAGCAGACCUAACUGGUGCUCGUUAUGCAGGAUAUGGUUUGAAUUUACCAAGCGCGUCAUCUUUCGGUCCGGAUGGGGGUAUGGUUAAUCAAGAUGAUAUUAUGCAGGCAAUGGAGAACCCAAUGGUUCAAAGUCAAAUUAAUGAAAUGUUGAGCAAUCCUCAAAUGGUUGAUUUUUUAAUUCAGUCCAACCCUCAAUUCCAAGCUUUGGGACCAAAUGCUAGAGAGAUAUUGACAAGUCCAUUUUUUAGAAACAUGUUGACUAAUCCACAAAUGAUGAGACAGAGUAUGCAAUUUGCACGUAUGAUGGGUGGUGACAAUGGUGCAGCUGCUGCGGGGUUUCCAGCACCAAGUACUCCUGGGGCUACUACUGAUGCGACCGACAACACAACCACUACCACUACUGGUGCUACUGAUGCUGCAUCAACUGCUGGUACCAGUACUACCAAUACCAAUACCACUGCAAAUGCUAAUCCUUUUGCAUCUUUGUUCGGUAAUGGUUUACCUCCACCAAAUCCUCAAUUGUUGUCUCAAUUAUUUGGUUCAUCCGCCGCUAACACCUCUCAACCACAAGACACGAGGCCACCGGAAGAACGUUAUGAACAACAAUUAAGACAAUUGAAUGACAUGGGCUUUUUCGAUUUUGAUAGAAAUGUAGCCGCUUUAAGAAGAAGUGGUGGUUCUGUUCAAGGUGCAAUUGAUGCUUUGCUAAAUGAAUAA